AGGUUUUGCUUUGCUUCUGUUGUAGGCUAAAGAUAGCAGCUGUGCGGCCUCACCACUUUCUAAAAACUCCUUCACUCAUAACUUUAAUUUUGAUUUUACGUUGCAAUCUAAAAACUUCUGAUCAUCGUCUCGCCCCACUUUUUUUCUACAAACUCCAGAAUUAUCCGAAAAACAAGAAUGAUGAAGUUGGCUUUCGGACUCGCCGCCUCCCCCGUAGUGGCCGCAGCUGCCGCUGCGGCUGCAGCCCGUCCCCGUCCCGCGUGGGAACCCCGGGCGGAAAGCAGGCGGAAGUUCGAACUGGAGAGAGUCUUUCCUGCGUUCGGGCCCGCGGCGACUGGGGACGCAGACGUGCACCGGAACGCGCGCAAGUUCGCGGACAUAUCACACAGAAAAAAACUGGCAGGUCACAUUUGUAAUGCAAAAAUGAAUAGACAAAAAAAUUUGUAUUUCGUAUCCCAAAUAGCAUGCUACGAGGCCGCCCAUGGCAGAUCUCUCUGUGUAUUUAUUUUUGCAUUACGAAUAUGCCCUGCCAGCUUUUUUCUCUGGGAUAGGACACUUUGAAUUUCGCCGUGGAGCGCUUGCACAGGGACGUGAUCGAGACGAACCACCUGGUCCUCGGCGCUGAACAUGAUUCGGAGUCCGACUCCGGCCGUAGCGAGGACGGGCGGCACUCUGCCGCCGCCGGGGGCGUUGCCGACACGCUCGCUUCCGUCGCAACCAAAAACCCGCACGUGCAGCCCCACGCGGCACCACUGCAGCUCGCGGGUUAUUUCCGUCCGGGUCCGCAGGAACCGGUCCGGUUUCCGCACACGCCCAUGCGCGCCCCCGGCUGGACGAAGAGCGGGACGAACAAGGGCCGCCGGGGGGCUUCUACUUCCGGCAAGAUCGUCACCGCGUCCCCCGUGCGCCCGGCAGACGCCGACAACAGCGUGUUCAUCACCAGCGGCUUCUCCUUGCUGCCGUUUUUGUGCCAGAUCUUGUAUCAAAUGUAAAAGUGUCUGGGUCUGGAAACUUGUGAUGCUGGGCGGCGUAUCAUGAGGAGGCCGCAUAAGCUGGCUCAGCGUGACAAGUUUCUGAGCUUCUAGGUGUUGCCUACUCUGCAUGACAAACUGCGUUUCUGCAUGACAGAAAAAUGGGGCGCUUGGGUAAAGUGCAGGACAGAUUUAAGAGUCAUGCCAGACAAGCAUGACAAACAUGCACUCUUCCAGACCCAGACAUUUUGGCAUUUGAUAUCUUGCCGGAAACAACGAUCGUGGUCGCGGACUGGGAGCCGGCGGUGCAUUUGUUGCUGAAGGAGUCCUAUCCAGUGCAAAAGUAUCGUACUUACUCGUAUUGCAAUCAUGCAUUACAAAUCUUUUUCUUAAGGUAAGUCAGCAUUACAAAUUUCAUGUCUCAUGCUGAGGAAAUGCAUUUAUACGAGUGCGAUAGGAUACUUUUGCAGUUCAUAAGUGCGUGGAGCUUAUCCGCACGUAUUUGAACGUCGACACCGACUUCGACGAGGAGGCACAGGAGUGGCUCUUUCCAAGACGCGCGCGCGCCGAGCUCCUAGAAUCCGACGUCACCGGUUACACUAGAGACGAUAAUAUCAUGGCCGCGCUCGCUCAGUUGCUGUUCAACGACCAGGGAAACACGGGGACUAUCACUUAUGUGGUGAUUUGGACAAGGCUGGAGAGGAUAAAAUACCUGCGCGACUGGUUCCAGCUGAUCCUCGGUGCGUGGUACGCGCGAUGGGACCCUAGUGGAGACCGGAAUAAACCCUCCCCCUUCUCGCCGUGGGUGCAGAACGGCAAGGUGGCGCCCAACCCGCCCCGCCUCCAACCGCACCUCAGCCUGGGCGCGAGCGGCUUCGACGCGCGGGAGUCCAACAGCUUCUGGCUGCGCUGGAACGCGUGGAAGCUGGGCAAGGAGAAGAUGCGGCUGCUGCAGAACCGGCUGCGCGGAACGGAAAACUCCAAACCAAUCGAGUUCAUACACGUGAAGGUGAACCUGUUCGACGCAAAAGAGGUCGCGACGCUGAUGCAUCAUGUGCACGCGAACGGAGACAAAGGGGGUCAGCCACUCAGCUCCGUGCGGAUCAACCUGAGCAACGUGGGCCUCAGUCUGGUCACCGGGGCGAAAGUCUACCCGGACAGCCGUCCGGGCGGGGACGAAAGCCGAUUUCAGGGUCUCACGGAGCUCGCGAAAAACCAAUACAACACAAAGCUGUGGCUGCUGCGGGACACACACCUGCGGGGCGUGAACGUGUACAACGUGCAACCCUACGAGAAAAAGAAAAGUGCUUGGUUCCGGGACCCGCACCUGUGGGUCGCAGAGACCUUGCGCAAGUGGGCGGCGGCCUGCGGCGGGGACGCCAGGGCAGCGCACGGGAGCGAACUUUCGGCCGACACGCGAGAGCAAGAGGAACUGUUGGCGAAGGAAGACAAGAGGACCAUCAAAUCACGAAUCCAGAGAAACGCCAGUUUGUUGGGGCUGGAGGUACCAGAUGGCGUUUGAAAUGAAAAAGAAGCACUGGUGGAGAUAAAGUCGUGAUCGUAUGUAGUGUUAGUGAGGUCACGAACGUUCUAUCUCAGCUGGUUUUUUUUACAUGUCUGAGCAAAAACGACCGGCAGUUUAUUUGAAUCGGCCGGAGGGCUUUUUGUUUUUGCACAUAUUAAAAAUCUCAUUUUUCAAUCGGCCGGGGCUUUCUCAUCAGACAAGCCCGGCCGAACUCUAUUGAUUUCCGCUUGGCAAAACGACGCAGGGGAGCCGGCAAAAGGGGCGCCCUUCUGAGGCGCAUUCCGCCGAUUUAGGGCGCCCAAACCGGGGCGCCAAAAAAAUGCCAAGACGACAAAGACCGCGAAUCCGCAUGCUAUGGGCGCAAUUUGUGCCCACUUUUGGACGUCCGUGGAACAUCAGCAAGGAAUGGACGCACACGCAUUCAGAUUCACAUAAUUAACCACUGCAGCACGGAGGAGGACAGUUUGAAAACGUACAAUGAAGGGGAUUACAAAUGCGCAAGAAGUGGGCGUGAUGCUAUUGAUUUUGGAGCGCAAGUUUCCUCUUGGUCGGGAAACCCUGUCCGUGAAAUUACUAAGACUGCGUUUUUGGAAGAAGAAAAAAAGGCAAGCUAGAGCUACGCGAAGAAGGUUGCUCUGCGUGCGAAAAAACAAAAAGAAAAAGAGCGGUCUAAGACUUUUGUUGUACGACGUCGAUCUACCAAAGGC